AUGUCUAUUGGGGUACCUAUUAAAUUACUUCAUGAAGCUCAGGGACACGUCGUAACAUUAGAAUUAAACAAUGGAACGGUUUACAGAGGAAAAUUAUCUGAAGCUGAAGACAAUAUGAACGUGCAGCUUCGUGAAAUUACCGUUACUGCAAGGGAUGGGCGCGUAUCUCAAUUGGAUCAAGUUUAUAUUAGAGGUUCACAUGUUAGAUUCUUUAUUGUGCCGGAUAUGUUAAAGAAUGCUCCAAUGUUUAAGAAGAUCGGUCCGAAUGCUAUGAAAGGUAGAGGUAUAGGAAUGGGUAGAGGUAAAGCUACUGUCGCGAGAGCUCAAGGUACGUGCAAUUUAAUGUAA